AUGCGUACCACUUUUCCUUUUGAUUUAUUGAAAUAUAUGAAACGAUUGGAUUUAUUUUCGUAUAUGACUCCAGUGGAAGGAAUAAUACCAUCACGUAACGUUGAUUUUCUUCGUCUGAUAGAUGAAUGUAUUAAAAGUUAUCUACCUCAAACAAAAAUUCAACUAGCACAUGAAUAUGAUUUUGGACAAAUGGAAAAUUAUGAACAUGAUGAUGAACGUGGUUAUGUGAAACAACUUGAAUCUGAUCGUUUCUAUUAUGAUCAUAUGGUGGUUGGAUAUGAUCAAAGUGCUGUUGAAAGGCUUUGUGCAUUUUACAAUACGGACUUGUUUGAGUUGUAUACACGUUAUUCAUCAUUUUUAUAUAAUCAUAAUUAUCCAGUUGUUAGUGUUUAUUCGUACCACUAUUUAUAUAAUAUUCGGAAAUAA